AUGGAAAUGGGAUUGGAUAUCGAAUUUGAACGAAAAUUACUGCUGGUCAAUCAUGAAAUUCGAAAGAUGGGUUUCGGAAAAUUUCAAUGGGCCAUCACAAUUUUGUGUGGAACAGGAUGGGCCGUUGAUAAUAUCAUCUUUCAAUCUUUGAGUAUGUCUUUACCGCAGAUCAAGCUGGAAUUUCAAUCUUCAACGCCGGUUCAGUUUAUGACAUUUUCACUUUAUGUUGGUCUUUUGUUCGGUGCAGUGAUUUGGGGUAUCGGAAGUGACGUGAUCGGAAGAAGACUGUCCUGGUUGCUCACGCUAUUGAUCGGAAGUGUGUUCAUGACUGCUGUAGGAGGCGCACCUUCCUUUGCCGCAACGGGUGUCUUGCUCGCUUUUGCUGGUAUUGGAAUUGGUGGUUCACUUCCAGUAGACGGAGCUUUGUUGAUCGAAUUUUUACCCGGUGCAAAACAAUGGGUUUUGACUUUGCUAUCCUUCUUUUGGUCUUUGGGCUAUCUGUUUGCCGGCUUAUGCGGUUGGGCAUUGAUUUCGAAUUUCCGAUGCGCAGAUGAUCCUUGUCCAAAAGAGAGCAAUAUGGGCUGGAGAUAUUUAUUUUUCACCACCGGAGGAUUUUCUUGCUUUUUGUGGAUCUUGCGAUUCUUCAUUUAUCCCGUACCUGAAUCACCAAAAUGGCUUCUUGGAAGGGGAAGGUAUGAAGAAGUGAUUGAAGCGUUGGACUUUAUCGCAAAGCAAAAUAAAACGGUCAACACACUAACCGUAGAACAUCUUUUGGCCGGAGCCAAAGAAUUCGGCAAUACCCCGCAAUCCUCUUUGCCUGUGGUUGUAAAAGAAAGAUCGCUUCGUCCAAAAGAAGGAGAGAAAAGAUUACCAAAAUGUUCCCCAAGCAUUUGGAGAAGAUUGAUGCCGAUCAGCCUCGAUGAUUUGUCAGAGGUUCGCAGGAAUUUGAAGCAAUAUGACAAACAACAUAUGAAAUUAUUAUUUGCAACUCCACGAAUGGCCAGAAAUACAAUUCUGAUUAUGUUUUGUUGGUCUUGCAUUGGAUUGGCUUAUCCUCUUUACAACGCUUUUAUUGCAAUCUACAUUGCCGAAUCUGGUGGUAAUCAAGGCGUGACAACACAAUCGGAGCAAUACAGACAAUUGGUCAUCUUUGCCGUUUUGGGUAUUCCUGGUUCCUUGCUUGCAACUUUGGCAGUGGAAUUACCCAGAUUAGGAAGACGUGGAGCGAUGGCCUUUUUUACCUGUUUGACAGGAUGUUGCUUGUUUGGUUUCACAACUGCAAAGACGCCCAAUCAAGUAUUAGCAUGGAAUUGCGGAAUCAGUCUUUGUCAAAAUGCAAUGUAUGCAAUCUUGUACGCGAUGACGUACGAAUGUUUCCCUUCUUUAUGUAGAGGAGCAGGAGAUGGAUUAGCGAUGAGCGUUCAAAGAGUGUUUGGUAUUUUACCAACAUUCAUUGCUGCUUAUGGAGCUUCUAAACCAACUACGCCAGUCUUUGUUUCUGCAAGUUUGUUCAUCGUUGCUUCUUUUUCUAUGCUCUUUUUGCCAUUUGAAACUCGUGGCUUGGAGCCAUUGUAA